UGGUACCCUUUCUAGGGUUGCGAUUUCUCACACAUAUCCCAACCCCGUCGUAAACGCAGAGUCGCGUCUCUCUCUCUCUCUCUAGAAAAACCCAUUUACACAACCAUCUCUGUGCUUACGAGAAAAAGUUAGGGUUUCGACGAUGAUGCAACAACCGUCACCCAACGGAGUACCCCAACAAAUGGCCGCUCCUCCUCCUACAUACGACCAACAGCAACAGAACCAGUACCUUCAAUACCAACAGCAGUUACAGCAGCAACAAUGGAUGAUGGCCAAUCAACAACAACAACAGCAACAACCACCCCCUCAGCAGCAGCAACCUUACCAGUACCAAGCGCAGCCGCAAGCGCAGCCGCAGCAGAUGUAUUACCAACAACAACAGCCUACUCAGGCGGCGGCGGUGGCCGCGCAACCGCAGUACUCGGCGGCCGCCGCUGCCCAGCCCGGUGGCGCCGAUGCGGUCUGUACGCUGUGGAUCGGAGAUCUCCAGGUCUGGAUGGACGAACAGUACCUCAUGAACUGUUUCGCCUAUACUGGCGAGAUGACCAAUGCAAAAGUUAUCCGUAACAAGCUAAGUGGUCAGUCAGAGGGUUAUGGGUUUAUUGAUUUCGUAAGUCAUGCUGCUGCUGAAAGAGCUUUACAAACAUAUAACGGUACCGGCAUGCCUAAUGCUGAGCAAAACUACAGACUGAACUGGGCAUCACCUGGUGCCGGAGAAAAGCGCUCAGAUGGUACACCUGACUUCACUAUAUUUGUGGGAGACUUGGCACCUGAUGUCACAGAUCAAGUGCUGCAACAAACAUUCAGCCCCCACUAUCCCUCGGUUAAGGGUGCAAAGAUUGUAACCGAUAUGAUGACUGGACGGGCGAAGGGCUAUGGGUUUGUCAGGUUCGGAGAUGAAGGUGAACAAUUACGUGCUAUGCACGAAAUGAAUGGAAAGUACUGCUCAACCAGGCCCAUGCGUAUUGGGCCUGCUAACAAGAAGAAUACGGCUUCAUAUCCGAAUACUCGAGGAACUCAGAGCGAGGAUGAUCCAAAUAAUACAACAAUAUUUGUCGGUGGUUUGAAUGAUAGUGUUAAGGAUGACCAACUAAGGCAAGUUUUCAGCCAAUUUGGGUUGUUAAUGCAUGUCAAGAUACCAGAUGGCAAACGAUGUGGGUUUGUUCAAUUUGCUGACAGAAAUUGUGCUGAGGAAGCAUUGAGGAUGUUAAAUGGAACUCAGUUGGGUGGGCACAAUAUUCGACUUUCAUGGGGCCGUAGUCCUCCAAACAAACAGACUCAGCAGGACCCAAACCAGGUGAAUGGUGGGUAUUAUGGAUACGCCCAGGGACAAGGAGCUUAUGGAUAUGCUGCAGCGGCUCAAGAUCCCAAUCUGUACUAUGGAGGCUACCCUGGAUAUGGAAACUACCAGCAACCCCAGCAACAGUGAAGUGGUCUGUUUUGCUGUAAGAGAUGACUGGUGGUGAUUGACCUCCUGUAUAAGAAGGGAAUCAUUAGUGGUCUAUUUUCUUCUCAAUGUAGCAUUCUUGGUUUUAUAGGAUUCUGUUAAUCGUAAAUGUAUUUUUCUGGCUUGCAUGCUAUGUCAUUCUUGAGCGGUAAAUUUUUUCCCUAGUUUUCCUGGUCGUUCUUGUUAUUUUGAUCUGGUUUGUGCGUUGGCUUUUAUCUACUUCAAUUGUCUCUUACUGAGGAUUAAUAUUGUGUUUCGAUUUAUGGUAUUUUCCCCUGUUUUCUCA